AUGAGCCAAGUUAUCGUCGACCAUCACACGCGCGCAGAGAUCAUCCAGAUCCAAGGUCCGACCCUUUUUGACACACUCUACAAUUCUUUGAUCCUUAGACAUACACUUCCUUACCUUCCCGUGUCUGGUCUUCUUAACCUCGCUGCUACUUGUCGUGAUAUUCGGUAUUUGCUUCACGAGACGCCUGGUGUCUUUCGACAUUUGGACCUUACGAGAGUCAAGACUGCGCAUUGUCAAGACACACAAGACAAAUCGGAACGGGAUCUUGCGGUUUGGCAUAAUGUCAAUCUUUCGGACUACUUGACUGAAGAUGACUUCUACGCAGGUCCCUUGAGGGGCAUAUUCUCUACUCUACGACAACGAGACAUUCUCGUCCAUGUCCAAUCCCUAAUCCUCGACGGUUUAUCUGUUACGGCCGAGCUAUGCCACGACAUCAUCAAUGACCCCAACUACAGCGUCCGCAUGCUUUCCAUCAGAGGCGCACAGAACCUGAAUCAUGGAAAGCUGCGCGCCGCACUAGCAUACGCCUGUCGCAGCUCGCGCCCAGAAAACACCCCGCGCCUCAAAGCUCUGUACGUCUUUGGGGACCACAAAGAUGAACAAGCCGAUGCGGACGCAUGGUGGUCUCGAAAAGGCCGCGUGCUGGAAUCUACGAAUGAUAUGGAUGACUGGGCGCAGUGCAUGCUGGCCUGUCAAGGCAUUAUUUCCUUUGACACAGUCCUCUGCCAAGGUCCACGACACGCAAACUCACCAGCAUUUGGUAAAACAUUUGCACGGUCACCAUGCAACCCAGCUAUAGCUACAUUUGCGAUCAGCGGUUGCGCAGGCUGUGGUGAAGCUCCAGAGGGUGUAAUGACAGCUCAGACGCGCUACACUUGUCUCCCACUACUAAGUCCCCCGCCGAUCCUGGCGUCAUCCGUGCAGGCGGCCACGACGCCACGACCAGGCCAUGAGGAAUUUGUACCGCGCUGCGCGGGAUGUUUGAGUGAUCGAUUUUGUGUUACUUGUAACAAAUGGUGGUGCGAAGCGUGUUAUCAACCUUUUGGAGGAGGAGGUUGCGCUCCAGCUGCUAAGAGACAUGUUUCAAGAAGUUGUUGGGAAUGUGGGAUGAAUUGUGAUGAGUGCAUUGAGAAGACGCAAAAGGUGUGCAAGAAAUGCUGUGGUGGGUAUUGUCUUGUUCACAAUGAGGGAUCUUCGAGUUCUUUUUGUGAUUGGUGUUUUUCUUCUGGUCGUGGUCUCCGACGUGUGUGA